GUCGAGACACAAGCUACUUUCAAGUUUAAGUUCAAUGAUGUACCCAAAUUACCUCCACCAGUCUUGCAGUUUGAUCAAGUAUCUUUCUCGUACAGUGGUCUUCCGAAAGAUUACCUUUAUGAGGAUCUUGAUUUGGCUGUAGAUAUGGACUCUCGCGUGGCAUUAGUUGGUCCAAAUGGUACCGGGAAAAGUACUCUCCUCAAAUUGAUGAUGGGGGAACUUCAACCAACGAAAGGUCGCAUUGCAAGACAUACCAAUCUUAAACUAGCCAAAUACAGUCAGCACAGUGCUGACCAGCUUGAUCUUGAGCUGAGUCCUAUUCAAUACAUGAGACGAAAGUUUGCUCAUCUUAAUGGAGACACUGAUUACUGGCGAAGUCAAAUCGGCCGUUAUGGUCUUUCCGGAGCACAGCAAACAUCGCCGAUCAAGACUUUGAGUGAUGGUUUGAAAUCUCGGAUUGUAUUCGCUGAACUUGUAUUAUCCGUCCCCGACAUAGUCCUUAUGGACGAACCGACAAAUCACUUGGAUAUGGAGAGCAUAGAUUCACUGGCAAAUGCCAUAAACAGUUUUACAGGUGGAGUUGUUUUAGUAUCCCAUGAUUUUAGACUGAUUUCGCAAGUUGCUGAGCAAAUAUGGGCUAAUGCCCUGCUUGGGUUCUCAACGCGUAGACAUUGUCUUCUCAGUACAAUUUUACCGAAUAGGUCAUUAUUAGUUAGCAGACAAGUUUCUACAUCCAAAUUGCCUCAAAGUGAUAAUGAUAAUGAUAAUGCAGAAAACAUCCGAGCAAAGAAAUCAAAGAAAUCACAGCCUCAGGGCAAUUCCGCAAUGGAACCGGCUUCUUCAGCAACAUCUAACGUUUCAUCUCCACCCUCAUUGUUUACUUCCACUUCUCGCUCUUAUUCCCGUACGAACCUUCAGACUUUUCUUUCCCGCACUCACCAUGACACAUCCACUUAUGUAUACCGCGGCACACUGUACGAAUACGAAACCAUGCAUUGUCUUGAAAAUCAUUUUAACAUUAUCAGUCGUCAUUGUGGGAGAGGUGAUGACCGUGGAGUAGAUUUUCGCGGAUACUGGUUACUCCCCGACAAAAAAAUAUUUCUAGUUGGACAAUGUAAAAGCGGGUCUCAUCGAUGUAAACCGAAUGUUGUUCGAGAGUUCGAAGGCGUGUUGAGUCGAGAGUCGGCAGGUACUCUUGGAAUUCUUUCGGUUCGGAAUGGAUUUGCGCAGGGGGCUAUCCGACAGUAUACAGCGUCACCAUGGCCAAUGGCGAUGGUUAGCGUGACUGAUGAAGGGAAUAGAUGUGAAGUAUUUAUGUGGAAUAUAGCAGCUGAGAAACUGUUGGAGCAAAUGAGUUCAAGUGUAAAGAUGGGUGUCGACGGAAAGAGAAUUGUUCUGACUUACAAGAAUAAAAUAUUGGGCUCUUCGAAAUAG